GCAGCGAAUUUCCGGGUCAAGAAGUCUGAGCUAGGUGCAUCACCAUGGAUGCGAUCGGUUUGGUCAUGUGGUGCCCCUGGUUACGCCCGGUGGCCGCUGUGGGGUCUGGGGCUUAGACAGGGGCCAUUUUGCCCGAGGCUGCCUCUCGGAGUCGGAGGCGACCGCGCAGCUGACUGGAGCUCUUUCUUUGCUUCCUCCGCAUCUGGGGGCUUGGAGGGGAUCUGGAAGGCUAGGCUUCAUCUAACCCUUCGGAGACGGCAAUGGUUCCCUCCAGGAACCUGACGACCCUCCAUGGCGGCUGCGCCGUCUGCGCUGCUCCCGCUGCCGCCCCUUUUAGCCCUCUGUGCCUAUCGCCCCCAGAGCCACAGUCGCCCUUCCGCCCCAGAGACUGAUGUUCGUCGAGUUGGGGGCAUCAUGAGAGGAGAGAAAAACUCCUACUGCCGUGGAGUUGCUGGGGACCGCGGUUCUUGCCCCUCUACGCCUUCGCCUCUGGCUUCAACCCUCUUAUUGCCCGCGGAGGCAGUCUCACGUAGCUGGUCUGGGCCUGCAGGAGGUUUGUCGGGAGGAGAUGAAGAGGAGACCAGGCUCCUUCAGCUCUUGCGCACCGCACCGGAUCCUUCCGAGGCCUUCCAGGCUUUGCAGGCUGCUUUGCCGCGGCGGGGCGGUCGACUUGGCUUCCCCCGACGCAAAGAAGCUUUGUAUCGGGCCCUGGGCCGAGUGCUUGUGGAAGGAGGUAGUGAUGAGAAGCGACUAUGCUUGCAACUUGUCUUGGACGUUCUCCGGGGUCAGGGGGAGGCAGGCCAUCUGGAAGAGGCCUUUAGUUUGGGACUUCUGCCUCAACUAGUUGUCUCCUUACGCGAAGACGAUCCAGCCCUGCGGAAAGAUGCGCUUCAGAUCCUGCAUAUAUGUCUGAAACGUAGUUCUGGAGAGGUGCUGAGAGCGCUUAUUCAGCAAGGUCUGGAAAGUACCGAUGCCCAGCUUAGAGCUUCCACUGCACUGCUGCUCCCUAUCUUACUUACUCCUGAGGACUUGUUGCUCGGCCUGGAUCUCACCGAAGUGAUAAUAGCUCUAGCUAGAAAGCUUGGUGACCAGGAGAUAGAAGAAGAAUCAGAGACGGCUUUCUCGGCACUUCAGCAAAUUGGGGAGCGACUGGGCCAAGAGAGGUUUCACUCCUAUAUCUCUUGCCUGCCAUCAGCCCUGAGGAGACUCUACAAUCGCCGCCUGGAGUCCCAAUUUGGAAGUCAGGUUCCUUAUUAUUUGGAACUCGAAGCCUCUGGAUUUCCUGAAGAUCCUGUCCCCUGUGCUGUGGCUCUUUCCAAUAGCAAUCUUAAAUUUGGGAUUAUUCCUCAGGAACUACAUUCAAGAUUACUGGAUCAGGAAGACUACAAGAACCGGACUCGAGCCGUUGAAGAACUAAAACAGGUGCUGGGAAAAUUUAACCCUAGUUCUACCACUCAUUCCAAUCUUGUUGGUUUCAUUAGCUUGUUGUAUAAUUUGUUGGACGAUUCUAAUUUCAAAGUGGUCCAUGGUGCACUUCAGGUUCUGCAUUUACUGGUUAUCCGCCUUGGGGAACAGGUGCAACAGUUCUUGGGACCAGUUAUAACAGCGUCUGUCAAAGUACUGGCAGACAACAAGUUAGUAAUCAAACAGGAAUACAUGAAAAUCUUUCUUAAACUAAUGAAAGAAGUAGGUCCUCAACAGGUGCUUUGUUUACUCCUGGAACAUCUCAAACAUAAGCAUUCCAGAGUAAGAGAGGAGGUGGUGAACAUUUGCAUCUGCUCCCUUCUGACCUAUCCCAGUGAGGAUUUUGAUUUACCCAAACUGUCUUUUGAUCUUGCCCCAGCUCUUGUAGAUACCAAACGCAGGGUACGCCAAGCAGCUCUAGAAGCCUUUGCUGUGUUGGCAUCAUCGAUGGGCUCAGGUAAAACCAACAUCCUUUUUAAAGCUGUAGAUACUAUUGAAAUGCAAGAUAAUGGAGAUGGAGUGAUGAAUGCUGUGCAGGCUAGAUUGGCUCGAAAAACCCUACCAAGGCUAACAGAAAAAGGAUUUGUGGAAUAUGCAAUACUCAUGCCAUCUUCAGCCCAGGGCAGACCAAGCCAUUUGGCACAUGGGGCAGAUACAGACUGGCUUUUGGCUGGUAACAGAAAUCAGAGUGCACACUGUCACUGUGGUGACCCCAUGAGGGAUAGCAUGCAAACGUAUGGAUCUUACAGUCCAACUAUCUGCACCCGGAGGGUACUAAGUGCAGGAAAAGGGAAAAACAAAUUACCAUGGGAAAAUGAGCAGCCUGGAGUCAUGGAAGAAAACCCAACCUCCAAUUCCAAGGAUAUAGAGCAGUUUUCAGCAUAUGAUCUUAUCCCAUCUCCAAAAUUAAAAUCUUCUCAAGGAAUGCCAGUCAGUGAUGAUUUAUGUUUUAGCAGAAAAAGAGUGUCCAGAAACUUACUUCAGAAUAGUCAGGACUUUCACCCAGAUUCUCUUCCUGCAUGUGCUUCUGGUACAACUGGGACUCAUCAGACAAAUCUUCCUGGGAAAUGUGGACAACUUGGAUUGUCACAUAUACGUGGUAAAACUGGCAGUGUAGAUUCUAACUUAGAGCUCCUGGGGACAACUAACAGUCAUCAAGAUAAAGUGUAUGCUAGCCUAUAUUAUGGCAGUAGGCUACAGCAAACAUUUGGUAGUCAAACAGAGCGUACUUCUUCAUACCCUGGUCCAAAUCCAAGUCCGGGAACCUUCAUACUUCCAUCCCACCCUCUCUCAUCACCACGAACUAGUCCAAAGCAUACGUCUCCUCUUACUGUAUCUCCAAAGAAGUCUCAAGAUAAUUCUGUUAAUUUCUCAAAUUCCUGGCCUCUUAAAAGCUUUGAAGGACUAUCAAAGCCAAGUCCACAGAAGAAUCUUGUCAACCAAAAAUCCUCUGAUCCUACAGGAGAAAAUUCUCAAGAAAAAGCUACUGCAGUUCAGCUUAUACCUGCCUUAGUAAGAUCACCAUCUUCCAGACGAGGCCUAAAUGGGACAAAGCCUGUCCCUCCUAUACCAAGGGGGAUAAACCUUUUGCCUGAUAAAGCUGAUUUAAGCACCGUGGGCAACAGAAAGAAAGAGCCUGAUGAUAUUUGGAAGAGUGAAAAAGAUAGUCUUACAAUUGAUCUUUCAGAAUUAAAUUUCAAGGAUAAAGAUUUGGAUCAAGAAGAGAUGCAGAGCUCUCUGAGAUCUCUUCGGAAUAGUGCAGCUAAGAAAAGAGCAAAACUGAGUGGCAGUACUUCUGAUGUUGAAAGCCCUGAUUCUGCCAUGAAGCUUGAUUUGACCAUGGACUCCCCAUCUCGCUCUUCCUCUCCAAACAUCAGCUCUUACAGUGAAAGUGGAGUUUACAGCCAAGAAUCAUUGGCUUCUUCUCUGUCUACAACUCCUCAGGGGAAGAGAACAAUGUCAGACAUAUUUUCAGCAUGUGGAUCAAAACCUUGUCCAAUGAGAUUUUCUUCUGCAAAAAAUAAAAACUCUCAUAUUGCUGAACCAAGCACCAUUACAGGGAUUACAACAUCCAAUGUAAGCAUAAUUGGUCAACGUAUGAACUAUGGGUUUGGAUGUGGUGACUCUGAAGAUGAUAGGUCACAUGACAUUCCACCUAGUGCAUUUAAAACACAAAAUAAGGAACACCCAAGACAUUAUAAGCAUACAAAAGGAUUUACAAGGUCGUCAUCAAAUGUACAGCAGAUUCCCAGUUUUGACUUCACAUCCACAAAUAUCCUAUCAGAAGACUCAGUAGUAGUUGUUGGAAAAGGUGUAUUUGGAAAUCCAAAUUCAGCACCAGCAACCUGCAGCCAACCAGUGGUACCUUCUGUGGAAAAUGGGGAUACAUUUUCAGUUAAAUCAAGUAUUGAACCACCAUCGGGGAUUUAUGGAAGAGCAGUCCAACAGAGUAUUCCAUCUUAUCUUGAUGUUGAAAAUGACAAAGAUACUAAAGUUGCUAUGUCAAAAUCUACAUAUGACAAGAUGAGACAAAAGAGAAAAGAAGAAAAAGAACUUUUUGAUGUUAAAGAUUGUGAAAAGAAAGAACAGAAUCCUUGGGAACGAAUGAAACAUAUAGGAACUGAGAAAACAACAUCAGAAAGUGAAGCAUCUCCUGGAGCCAUGCUACAGCAUAAAGAAAGAAUGUCUUCUGUCACUCAUAGUCCGGAAAUAAUGGAUUCACUGGAGCUACGGCCAUUUUCCAAACCUGAAGUAGCACUGACAGAAGCGCUGAGGCUUUUAGCUGAUGAGGAUUGGGAGAAGAAAAUUGAGGGACUGAAUUUUAUUAGAUGCUUAGCUGCUUUUCAUUCUGAGAUACUGAACACUAAGUUGCAUGAAGCAAAUUUUGCAGUAGUCCAAGAGGUGAAAAAUUUACGCUCUGGGGUUUCUCGCGCCGCUGUGGUCUGUUUAAGUGAUCUUUUCACUUACCUGAAAAAGAGCAUGGAUCAAGAACUAGAUACAACAGUCAAAGUGUUGUUGCACAAGGCUGGAGAAUCAAAUACAUUCAUAAGAGAGGAUGUUGACAAAGCAUUGAGAGCUAUGGUUAACAACGUCACUCCUGCACGUGCAGUCAUUGCUCUCAUCAGUGGAGGGCAAAGCCAUUUACACAUUGCAGUAAGAAGAUGUACAGCCCAGCACUUAUCAGAUAUAGUAGAAUUUAUGGAACCAGAACGUAUUUUAACUGGAAUGAAAGAUAUGGCUGAACGUUUAUUACCAGCUGCUGCUAAGUUUGCUCAAGAUAGCUCACAAGAAACCAGAUGACACUACAUACUUCUGGGUAGUGAGAUGCCAAGUCACAGGGAUGAACUUCAUGAAAACGACACAAGACUAUGAGUGGGCAGAAAAAUGGCAGAAGAACUUCAUUGUGGGCAAAUGUAAGGUAAUCCAUUUAGAGGAAAAUGAUAUUUUUCCAAGCAAUCAGAUAAAAAUCAAGAAAAUAGGAACACACAUGAAAAAUACAGAAAUAAUGCAUAACAUCAUCAUCCUCUGAAAAAUGAAGUAUUUGCACAUAGAAAACUCCAUGAAUUUCUGAUAGCUGUUUUUAGGGUCUGACGGUUGUCAGACGCCUAGGUGAAAUUCCUCCUCUACAUCACCGUUUGCCCUUAAGCAAGACACUUAAUCUUUGUUAAUCCUUGUCUUGUCUGUAAAAUUAGGAAGCUUAGGCCAGGUGACCAGGAAUCUGUCAUACAAAAUCUAAACUUUUAUAGCAGUAAUAUAUGAUGAUAAUUUAAAAAGGGGAAAAACGAUCCUGAGUUUGUAAGUAUUAAAGAAGACUAAAAUUUUUAACGUUUUCAGACAGAUGUCUGUUACUUUAGGUAACUGGAGUUAAUCUUGUGGGACUCAUUCCACCAAAAGCUAAUGCAAAAGGUAAAUGUGUUAGUUUUCUACCGCUGUGUAACAAAUUACCACAAAUAUUAGUAGCUUAUGGCUACAUAAAUUAUUUACCUACAGUUCUUUAGGUCAGAGUUCUGGCAUGGAUCAGUUGGGUUCCCUCCAUGGGGACCUAGAAGGCUAAAAUAAAAGUAAGUGUAACUGCAGUCCUGGUCUCUUGUUUGCUGGCAAAUUACUAUUGGCCACAUUCGGUUCAGUGUGAUUAUAGGACUAGAGUCCUCGGUUAGUGCCUUAAGAUCACCCACGUUCCUUCUAAUGUUGCCCUCCUCCAUCCUCAAGCCAUCCUGAUGUCUUUAAGUUUCUCUCAGACCUAGAAUCUCUCUGACUUCCCCUUCUACAACCAGCUGCAGAAAACUCUUCUCUUUCCUUGCAUGGGGUUCAGUGUUUCAUUAGAUUAGACUCAUCCAAAUCAUCUCUUUGUCUUAAGUAAUAUAACUUCAUCAUCUUCACAGAUUCUAGGGAUUUGAGUAAAACAUUUUGUUUGAUUUGGUUUGAUUGAGUUGAGACAGGAUCUCACUCUAUAGUCCAGCCUGGCCUUAAACUCAUUAUGUAGCAUAGGCUGGCCUCAAAUUCCUGGCAAUUUUCUUGCCUCACCCUCCUAAGUGCUGGGAUUAUGGGGUGUGCCACCAUACCCAGUUUGAGUAAAAAAGGUUAAGAAGGUCUAUAUACUACAUUCAUGUUCAAAAAAAUUCAGGAAGGGUCAGAUCAUAGACUACAGUAGUUAUCAACAAUAAGAGAGGGCUGGGGAUGUAGCUCAGUGGCACCUCGCCUGCCUGGCAAGUGCAAGGUCCUGAGUUCGAUUCCCAGGUUGGGGAAAGAAAAAAAAAGAGAAAGUCUUAAUAUUUGUUGUAUGUGCAUCUUUUUUUUGGUUGGUGGUAGUGGUGCUGAGGAUUGAACCCAGCACCUUUCACAACCAGUCAACACUGUGCCAUUGAGCUACACCCCAGCCCCUACUAAGCCUGUCUUUAAUGGCAUAGUAAUUCUAACCUGUUUUGUCUUUUGUAGAUUCAGGGGGUUUUUUUGUUUUGUUUUGUUUUUUUGGUGCAGGGGAUCAAACUCGGGUCCUUGUGCUUGCACAGCAGGCGGCGAAACCACCGAGCUAAAUCCCCGGCCCAGGUUUUUAAAUUAUCAGAUAGUUACAUUCAGUUUUUGAGUUUUAUUAUUUUUCAUAUUUUGUGCCCCUAUUGUUGGGAUGCUUGUUUGUUUUACCCUUUCACAUAUUGUUAGAUCCUGUGGUAUGCCUUAAUAUUCCAGAUUAAAAAUUAGAAUUCUUCUUGAAAGCAUAACUAAUUAGGAGCUACUUAUCUGAGUAGUCAUGGGAAAAGUUAAUUUUUUUUUCUCUGCUAUCAGCUACCUGUGUGAAAUUUAGUUACACUUUAAGGGAUCUGGUUAAUUCUAACUUUGUUCUAUCCUGCUCCCCCAAAAGGUUGUCUUCUCAUUCUUCUUAAUACCAUAUGUUCCAGAUUAUAAGCAAAAAUAUCACUAAUUUAUUUUAGGGCCAGACUUCCUUAAAGAAUAGCAAUUAGUGUUAUUGUGAGAUACUAUAUAUGGCAUCUCUGUCCUAAAAUAUCUGCAAUAUGUACUUCCAUGAUAUCUGAAUAUCUACCAUUAGAGUGAUAUUUUGGCUUAAAAUCUUAUUGUUAGGGGAUUUUUUUUAAAUGCACAUGACAUGAAAAUUCUGGUUUGGAGAUUUCUAUGUCAUUUAAUAACAUCAACCACAAUUUAUCCAACCUUGUGUCUCUUUUAAGUAAUAGAGAAUAGGACUUUGAAGAAUUGGGACCCAGGUAAGUUUUACUUAGGGAAGAAGAGAGGAGUGGUCAGAAAUACAGAACACAAGAAAGGUUGAGUUGGGCCAGAACGUUUAGCCAGCAGGUAAACCACAAGAGAUCAGUGGAUAAGGAACCCAGAACAAAGAAGACUUCUCCUAAUUCACAAUUCUGCCAAAUGCUGCCAGCCUUGAGUAUGGACCCAAGUGUGCCUGAAAAAUAGUCAGAUCUCUUUAUUGUCCAUCUGACACAUCGCUGAAAGAUUUAGGCUACUGGUGAUUUUAAAAGGAGGGAAAUAGGGGAGCAGGAGAAUCUUAUACCCUCUAAUACCGCUAAUGUACACACAUUUCAGUGGCUUACUUGAAGUGGGAUGGUUAUCUUGAUAUGAUUGCUUUUUCUCCUGUUGAAAAAAAUUGCAUCUAGGGUUGGGGGUUUAGCUUAGCAGCACAGGGCCUGCCUGGCAAGCAUGAGGUCCUGAGUUCAAUCCCCGGUACCAAAACAGAAAAAAAAUUUUGCAUCUAAGGGGAAAAAUUGAACAUAAUAAUACAUGU